GAGCAAACGGCUACAAGUUUCCAAACAAGCAUCGUAGUUCUCAUAAACAUUCUGUUGGAGUUUGGUAGCUAUCAUACCAUCAGCAAAUUCGUACAUUUAGAGACAUUCUGUAAAAAAUUUAUUUGUAAAGUUACUUAAAAUAUUACAUUAAAACGUCAAGAAAUUUGGAAUGGAACACAAGGACUUAGGCCUAUUUGUUAUUUUGGCUGUCAUUGUCCAAGUGAUGACAAUCCCCGUAGGACAAGGUGCAUCGACGUCCUCCGGGUGCCCACCUGUUAAUCAAACGUGUAACACCAUGCUUAAGGAGUUGGAAUCGGUACGAAUAUUAUUAGAUACAAAAGAGAAAGCAUGUGAUUGUGGUGUAUUGAGCGACGCUCAGAAAGCAAUAGCCGCGAAUAAUCAACUACUACGCAAUAGUGGUACCGAAUGCCCCGAAUUUCCAGCACCUGUAGAUUGUGCGGAGGUCAAACAACGCAACCCAAAAGCAAACAGUGGACCAUAUUACAUCAAACCCAGAGGUUACCACAGUCGGUUCCGUGUUUAUUGCGAUAUGUUUACCGAUGGUGGAGGUUGGACAGUCUUUCAACGCCGUGUGGAUGGUUCAGUUGUCUUUAACAGAACUUGGCAAAACUACAAAGAAGGUUUUGGGACUUCAUUGGGAGAGCAUUGGCUUGGGAACGACUACCUACAUUAUCUGACAAGACAAGGUCUUUACACCCUACGUAUUGAUAUGGAGGACUGGCAUGAUUCUAAAACCUACGCAAAGUACUCAAACUUUAAUAUCGAAGAAGAGGGCGACAACUACCGCUUAGACUUUGGAACUUACCUCAGUGGAACCGCACUAGACAGAUUAACGUAUCAUAAGAAACAGCGAUUUUCUACUUUUGAUCGAGACAAUGACUACAGUUCAUCAGCAAAUUGUGCGGCACUGCACAGUGGCGGAUGGUGGUUUAAGUCCUGCGAUGAAUGUAACCUUAAUGGUAAAUACUAUCAUUCGGACAGAUAUACCGCCAGUCGUGAUAACGGUAUCGAAUGGAAGGGCGGAAGCAGCGCUUCUUCUACCGGUCGCAAUUUUUAUUCGCUGAAAGUAACAGAAAUGAAAGUGCGACCAAUCGCCUACUGAAAUUCUAUACUACUGACGCUGUUAUACAGUUCUGCCGAUGAUAUAUUUAGGCCUAUAAAUGUAGAAUUUAUGUUUCGAGUUUCAUUCAUAUUAUGCCCUCCAGUAGAGUCUGUAAUCAGUAUUGCAACUAGUAACUGUAGCGUACUAGUGGUUUAAUACACCCCAUUCUGGGGCAGUCUCUUUCCAGAUAAUAUGGACUUGAAAUCGAAAUGAUUAUGUAUUAUGUAUAUAUGCGUACACCCUAUCUUCCUGCCUUUUUUCUUUUAAUGCUAUGGUGUGCAUGAAUCAUAAUUUGUUAUUCACAGUCUUCAUCAUCUGUAAUCAUCGUCCAAUGCUAUAUACGUUGAUUUUUUUUUCAUUGAUUGUUGUUAAAAUGUGAAAAUAAAAUUAUGAAUAUU